CGGGCGCUCGCUUUCACUCCGUAGCGUUUGCUUUGUGGUGAGCCCGGAGAGCGCGCCAUGCCCGAACCGGCCAAAUCGGCGCCCGCCCCCAAGAAGGGCUCCAAGAAAGCGGUGACAAAGACCCAGAAGAAAGGCGACAAGAAGCGGCGACGCAGCCGCAAGGAGAGCUACUCCAUCUACGUCUACAAGGUACUGAAACAGGUACACCCCGACACCGGUAUCUCCUCCAAGGCUAUGGGGAUCAUGAACUCCUUCGUCAACGACAUUUUCGAGCGCAUCGCGGGUGAGGCUUCCCGCCUGGCCCACUACAACAAACGCUCCACCAUCACCUCGCGGGAGAUCCAGACGGCCGUCCGGCUCCUGUUACCCGGCGAGCUGGCUAAGCACGCCGUCUCCGAGGGUACCAAAGCUGUCACCAAGUACACCAGCUCCAAGUAAAAAGCGGCUGGACGCGGCUGCGGGAACCCGCUCGGCUCGACUCGACCCAAAGGCUCUUUUCAGAGCCACCCACCUGCUUGCUAAAGAGCUGAUGUUGCUGCUGAGAUGCGCCGUGUUUUUCUGGACUUUUUGAGGGUCGUAACGGUUUGUAGAGCGCGGUGAGGGAGUUGGGGACGCUUUAAGAGUUUUCUUUAAAAUGGAUUAUUUUUCUGUAUUUUAACAAAACGCCCCUUUGGGGCUGUAGUUCAGGGUUUUCCCGCAGCCGUCCCUCCUCGGGGUUACUCGUUCGUGCUGCCGCUUUCGCCUUCAAACCCUUGCUCCUCUCUGAUUGGUCCGAACCGGCGUGGGACGUCACGGCGGGGCGGGGCG